UUUACAUCAGAACAACCUCAGGCUGCCUUUAUGAGGGGAGAGUGGAUGGAGAAAAGAAAACUUUCUAACAAGAUGUCUCUUGCUGGUUUUUGGAUAGUGUUGCUGGGUUGUUCGGCCCUGUGUCAUUCAGCACCGACCGUUGCUCCAACAGUUUCCCCAGAGGAAGAAAACCUGGCACAGGGAUACCUUUCUCAGUUCUAUGCUGAUGUUGGGGUGACAAACACCUCAGUGAGAAGAAUGGCUACAUCCUUCAGCCUGGAUCUACAGGCCAUGCAGGCUUUCUUUGGCCUGGAGGUGACUGGUGUCUUGAACAACGAGACUGUGGAGGUGAUGAAGGCGCCCAGGUGUGGCGUGUCAGACAUCAGCCGAUACGGACACUUCGCUGGGAGACCCAAAUGGGAGAAAAGGCUGAUUACCUACAGGAUCACUCAGUACACUCCAGAUCUGACCCAGAGUCACGUGGAUGCAACCAUCGCUCAGGCCUUCAAGCUCUACAGCGAUGUCAUCCCUCUGGACUUCAAAAAGAUCUCCAGUGGUGCUGCAGACAUCAUGAUCCUCUUCAAGGGCGGAUAUCACGGGGACUUUUACCCUUUCGACGGGGCGGGUGGAGUCCUGGCUCAUGCUAACUCUCCUGGACGGGGUCAGGGAGGGGACACACACUUUGAUGAUGAUGAAACCUGGACUCUUACCCAAAGAGGUGUGAAUCUGAUGCUGGUGGCGGCCCACGAGUUUGGCCACGCUCUGGGUCUGGAUCACUCCAGGGACAGACGUGCACUCAUGUACCCCACUUAUCAAUAUGUCAACACAAACGGAUACAGGCUGCCAGACGAUGACAGGCGAGGGGUUCAAGCCCUUUAUGGCAGCCGUACACCAGUGCCCACAACAAAACCUAAACCCCCUCCUCGCCCGGACCCUGCACCAGAGCCAGAGGAACCAACAGAGGAUCCAAACCCAGACCCUCUGCCCAACCCCGGAAACGAGCAGUGCAGCCGCGAUCUGGUGUUCGACGCUGCCACUUCCAUCAGGGGAGAGCUGUACUUCUUCAAAAACGGAUACUACUGGAGGAAGAGUGCCAGAGGAAUCCGUUUAACGAAAGUGAGCAGGAAAUGGUCACGAAUCAACUCUGUCGAUGCUGCCUUUGAAGUCCCAUCCAAGGAUGUGGUGGUUCUUUUUGAAGGUCGUCAGUACUGGGGCAUUAGAGCUUAUGCAAAGACAAUCAUGUCCGGUUAUCCAAAGUCUCUCACCAGCCUCGGCCUCCCUUCUUCAGUCAAUAAGGUGGAUGCAGCCGUCUAUGUGGCAACUACUGGAAAAACACUCAUUUUUGUGAACAACCAGUAUUGGAGCUAUGAUGAGCGCAGAAACCAAAUGGACGUUGGAUACCCACGAUACAUCACUCAGGAUUUCCCUGGCAUUGGCUCCAGAGUAGACGCAGCCUUUGAGAAUUAUGGAUAUCUGUAUUUCUCAGACGGCCCCAGACAGAGUGAAUACUACCUGGCGUACAGGAGAGUGAUGCGUGUGCUGCUCAACUACGGCUGGCUCAACUGUUACUGAAAACUCACAACAACUCAACUGUCCAUGUCAAAGAUGUGACCGCAGUUAGCAUAUCAUGAAAAACAAUCACAUGAACAACAGUAUUGUAUAUUUUUAUUGUGUUGGGAACAGUUCUCAGAGACAGUCUAACUCCUGCUUGGCUGUUAGCAAAUAACAGGAUCAAAGUGAGGCAAAGGUCAGUGAGUGAUAAUCAUUCGAUCAAUUCUGUCAAUAAUCUUUGAACUGCUUUGAAAGGUUCAUUUUUUCUGUGUGGAAAUAGCAAAGGAAUGCACUGAUGGUGAAUGUAUUUGCUCGGAGAUGUUUACUCAUUUCAGUGAUGCUAAAUUGCACAAUUUUUGGUUGUAAAAUAAGGGAUUUAAAUGUAUCCUCUGAACUCAUCUCAGGGUUACAAAUAAAGAGCUCUGACUGCAA